CGUAGGUGGCGCUAAUGAGGCUGCAGCACUGCAGCACUACAGCAGAACUACAGCAGAACAAUACAUACAUACUUGCAUACUUGAGUAUUGAGAAACAACCACAUACUUGUGUACUCCCGUACUUGGCAAGUAUAUACUCCCAGCGUACUUCUCAAGUAUAUACUUCCCAAGUAAGCAAGUACAUACUUGCUUACUUGAGUAUUGAGAAACAGCCACCGUCUUCUCUUUGAAACACACCUGUCCUUGUAGUUCAUCAUUGUGUCCACCAGAGUGCGUCAUUAAGACAACAGUUUGGACUCAUGUUGGACAGAAACUCAUUCAGACUGUUUCUUCCUCCAGGAUGGACCAUGCUGGAGAGCAGAGGUUAAAACCUGGUCCCAGGAAGUAUUCAUGUGAACUGGAACUGGACACAAACACAAUGCACAGAAAACUCAAACUGUCUGACGACAACAGGAAAGUGACCCGUGUGACAGAAGAUCAGUCGUAUCCUGAUCAUCCAGACGGAUUUAAGUUCUGGUCUCAGCUGCUGUGUAGACCUGGUCUGACUGGUCGCUGUUACUGGGAGGUCGAGUGGAGAGGAGGAGUUUAUAUAUCACUGAGUUACAGAGGAAUCAAGAGGAAAGGCAUCGGUUCUGACUGUUGGUUUGGACGUAAUGAUCAGUCCUGGAGUCUGAGCUGCUCUGAUGAUCAUGGUUACUCUGUCUUUCACUGUGGGACACAAACAUCCAUCAUGUGCUCUGUCUCUCACAGAGUAUCAGUGUAUGUGGACUGUCCUGCUGGGACUCUGUCCUUCUACAGCGUCUCCUCUGACUCACUGAUCCACCUCCACACCUUCAGGACCACAUUCACUGAACCGGUUUAUCCUGGGUUCCUGGUCUGGCCUGGUUCCUCAGUGUCUCUGUGUCCUCUGUAGGACAUGAAGAGACAGCAGCUUCAGUGGUGGACGAGGUCAAAGCUCGUCUCAGUCAUUCUUUGUUGAAAGCAUCAAUAAAUAAAGACUUAAAAAAUCACUCAAAAGUCAUUAACUGAGCCGCCGUCCUGCGCUGUGAGCGCCCCCUGCUGCUGAGAACCAGCC